CCCUCCUAAUACUUUCAAUGCAGAUGCUCUAACGUUCUUUUGAAAAAGGCGAAGCUUGUCUUCUUCAACAAAAAUAGCAGCGAGAAGGAAACCUCGUCGGCCAUCUGUGAUCCCUCGAGAUUAUUUAUUUGUCAUCAAAACCAAGGCACAGAUCACUGAUCGAAGAAAUAAGUUUGAUUUUGAGAAAACUAGUUCAAGUCUCUAUUCUCUGACGGCUCGUUGACUUGAUUGCUUAGGUUUACGCGAUUCACAUUUUCGAAGCAGACGAAGAGAACAUUCUCGUUUCAUGUUUUGGUAGAGAGCAUGGGUUGUUGCAAGGUGCCAGCUCUUAAUUCAAAAAAGCCUUUUCAGACGAGAUUCAGAUUCCCCACAAGCAAAAGCUACUUCUUUCAUGAUGGAGCAGCAAGGAGGAUCUUUUUCUCCAAGUUUCCGAGACAACAACACCCUGCUCCAGAGCUUCAAGAUCGUCAUCUUAUCCAAUAAACUCAAUCUCUUGUUGCCUUUCGGUCCUCUCGCAAUUCUACUCCACUACUACUUGACAGAUAAUAAGGUGAGCUACAAGUUUCGUUAUGUCCCAAGAUUUGAUUCUUGCUGCUGUGACUCAGGGAUGGGUUUUCCUAUUGAGCUUAGUCGGAAUUACACCAUUGGCUGAACGUCUCGGAUAUGCCACAGAGCAAUUGGCUUAUUACACAGGUCCAACUGUUGGAGGCCUCCUUAAUGCUACAUUUGGUAACGUGACUGAGCUGAUCAUAUCAAUUUUCGCUCUUAAAAAUGGAAUGAUACGCGUUGUGCAGCUCACUCUGCUCGGCUCCAUUCUCUCUAACAUGUUGCUUGUACUUGGCUGCGCCUUUUUCUGUGGCGGCCUUGUGUUUUCCCGUAAAGACCAAGUCUUUGACAAAGGGAAUGCGGUUGUGAAUUCAGGAUUGGUUUUGAUGGCUGUUAUGGUUCUCUUCCCCGCUGUUCUUCAUUACACGCAUAGCGAGAUUCAUGCCGGCUCAUCAGAGCUUGCUCUCUCAAGGUUCAGUAGUUGCAUAAUGCUUGUGGCAUAUGCUGCUUACCUAUUUUUCCAGCUAAAGACCCAGCCCAGUCCUUAUACCCCUCUUACCGAGGAUAUGAACCAGAGCGAAGAAACUUCGGACGAUGAUGAAGAUCCUGAGAUCUCCAAGUGGGAAGCUAUCAUUUGGCUUUCAAUCUUGACGGCUUGGGUCUCUCUUCUUUCUGGAUAUCUUGUGGAUGCCAUAGAGGGUGCUUCAGUCUCGUGGAAGAUACCAAUAUCUUUUAUCAGUGUCAUCUUGCUUCCUAUAGUGGGGAAUGCGGCAGAACAUGCAGGUGCUAUUAUGUUCGCCAUGAAAGACAAGCUGGAUCUGUCUUUGGGAGUGGCUAUUGGAUCCUCAAUCCAGAUUUCCUUGUUUGCGGUUCCGUUCUGUGUGGUGAUCGGAUGGAUGAUGGGCGCACAAAUGGACCUAAAUUUCCAGCUCUUUGAGACGGCUACACUGUUCAUAACUGUUAUUGUUGUAGCUUUCUUUAUUCAGGAAGGGACAUCGAAUUACUUCAAAGGAUUAAUGCUGAUUCUUUGUUAUUUGAUAGUCGCUGCCAGUUUCUUUGUACAUGAAGAUCCUCACCAAGAAAAAAGAUGAUAUUAAUUUAGCCAUCACGAAAGAACAUAAUCUGGUGUGUGUCAAGCCGUUUGUGUACCUGAGCCAGAUAAUCUCACCAACAUCACCGUAGUGCAUGCAUGUACAUUUAAGAUUCUAGAGCUGUUGUAUAAGAGAAACUCAUGGUUUCCGUAGCUCAUUUUCACGUUUUUUUUUUAUUGUUUACAGUUCCCUCAAAUUUGUAAAAGUUAUUUUGGUCGACGAGUCUCUACGAGAUUUGUGAAGGAGACUCUACUGACGAUUAAACUAUAGUAACAUCAU